GAAAAUGGAUCAAGAGGCAGCUGAGACAGCGAGGGAGUCGCUAGAGCUCGUGUUUCGAAUGUCGAACAUCUUGGAGACAGGGCUGGAUCGACAUACCUUGUCCGUUCUCAUAGCUCUUUGCGAUCUUGGUCUUAACCCUGAAGCUCUAGCUGCUGUCGUCAAGGAGCUUCGUCAGGAAUCUGGGACCAACCACGGCAGCUUAAGAUAAAUCAAGUGCUUUUGGGUUCGUUAUGCCUUGUUUGGAAGAUGGAUCUCGUUUAUAAUUGAUUUUUUCUUCUUUAUGCUUUGAUUUCAUUGUGCCAUUGAUGUCUGAAGAAAAAUACUAAACGAGUGUUCUUGGGCUAUAAAGAGAAACAAUUGUAAGGAUCUUUUAUGCAGUGUCAUGCUCCUCCUUUACUGUUUCU